CUCAUCGCGACAAUGCGGCGGCUCGUGCUGGCCGCCCUGGGGUCUCUGGUGGCCUCCUUCCUCCUCAUCCAGCUGCAGGCACACCUUCCCGAAACUCGCUCAAGCGUUGAUCUUGAAGAUCAUGUCCCAAUUCUCGCGGAGGACGCACUACCUCAGACCAACUCUCUGCUGGACCUGUUCCUUCCCUCGGACCCUUUCAACGUCCCAGAUGUUGCCCAGCUCUUCACCCAAAGUCCUGACUGGGGCGCCAUCGGUUCUGCGUUCGAAGACGCCAUCGUGGCCACGUUCCAGUGCUUAAAACUAUGGGGAACUUUCCUUCUGCUCAUAUCAGUUCCCAUACUUCAAGCUCUAGCUAUUGCGGGCGAAGCAGUGCUGCCUCACGUCCUCACGGCCGCUAAAAUGGCCGCGGACUACGUGAGCAAGAUGGAUCCGCUGCAUCAGGCUCUCGUGGCUGUUACUGUGCUGUUUGUAGGCAUCUGUAUCCGUCAGGGAUACGUCCACAAGGCCAGAGUUCAAUAUGUGCGCACAAGACGGUCCUUAGAGCUGCGAUAUCGAGCGUUCGUGGCCAGUUUGAGUGCCAAAUGGCGUGUCGUGGCCAUUCUGCUGCCUCAUUUUCUGUUCUUUGCACUGAGUUACGAGGCGCUGUAUUGGCUGCCCACCUCCUUGAUGGAUGUGCUGAGUAGUGAAGCUCUCUUUGGCCUGCUGUCGGUCGGGUAUCCACUGCUACACUCCAUUGGAGUGAUCCGACAAAAGAGACUGUACCCGAAACGGUCGAGACCAGGCGCCACCAACGAAUUGAUGAAGAAAUUCGAGAAAAUCAGCCUCCCAGACUACGAGUGGAGGUCGUACGAAGCGUGUCUGAAGUACUGGGUCCUCUGGUCGCUGGCAGUCUGCGUCAUCGGCAUGGUGACGCUCUUCUUGCCGGCUUUUGUGACCUCAUUCGUCACUGCGCCGCUGCAUUUCUGCAACAUUUUCCUCGUUUGGAUGCACUCUCCGUUCACUCGAGGCGACAUCGCGCUCUACACUUGGCUGAGCCCGCUGGUGAGCCCCUACGCGAAUUGCAUCCAUGAACGGGAAGCCGCAGUCCACCCGGAGGCCGAAGAGAAGACAAACUUCUUGAUCCGGAUGCUGGUAUCGCUCCGUGUGGUGCCAGAGCGUCACGUUCAUCUGGCGAAGGAUCUCUGGUCUCAGGGUCCUGCGCUUUUCGGGCUUCUCUUCAUGUUUACACCUGGGUUCGUGGCCUCUCGCGGCUGCUCGCUCAUGGGCUUUGGCUUCCCCGCUUACGUCACGAUCGGAGUGCUAGGCGAGAAGCGGACACGGCGCUACGAAUGGUGGAUCGCCUACUUUAGUGUCGCUGUGACUGUCGACUACUUGAUCACUGCGAUCGGGCGAGAGAUCGGCUGGAUUCCGCUCUUCUACCACGUGAAGCUGCUGGUGAUGAUGUGGCUACAGUUUCCGUAUUUCCAAGGCGCCGAGCGGAUUUUCAACGCCUGUUUCUCAAGUGUCUUCAUAGUGCCAGAACGCAAAGACGAAUGA